GACUGCGCAGGAGCAGAAAAGGGGGCGGGGGACUCGGCUUGUUGUGUUGCUGUCCGAGAGCCGGAGGCAGUCCGCUGCGGCCACCGCUCCUCCAGCCGCCCGACAAUGUCGUCUCAUUUAGUAGAGCAGCCACCGCCCCUGCACAACAACAACAACAACUGCGAGGAAGGGGAGUCGCCUGUGCCCCCGCCAGCCGGCCUCAACAGUUCCUGGGUGGAGUUACCCAUGAACAGCAGCAAUGGUAAUGAUAAUGGCAAUGGGAAAAAUGGGGGACUGGAGCACGUCCCUUCCUCAUCCUCUAUCCACAAUGGAGACAUGGAGAAGAUUCUUUUGGAUGCACAACAUGAAUCAGGACAGAGUAGUUCAAGAGGCAGUUCUCACUGUGACAGCCCUUCCCCACAAGAAGAUGGGCAAAUUAUGUUUGAUGUGGAAAUGCACACCAGCAGGGACCAUAGCUCUCAGUCAGAAGAAGAAGUUGUAGAAGGCGAGAGAGAAGUUGAUGCUUUGAAGAAAAGUGUAGACUGGGUGUCCGACUGGUCCAGUAGGCCUGAAAACAUUCCCCCGAAGGAGUUCCACUUCAGGCACCCUAAACGUUCUGUUUCUUUAAGCAUGAGGAAAAGUGGAGCCAUGAAGAAGGGGGGCAUUUUCUCUGCGGAAUUUCUUAAGGUGUUCAUUCCAUCUCUCUUCCUUUCUCAUGUUUUGGCUUUGGGGCUAGGCAUCUAUAUUGGAAAGCGACUGAGCACAUCUUCUGCCAGCACCUACUGAAGGCCAGGAGCCCCGGGAACGUGUGCGCCCUGUGAAGUGGUGUAUUGUCACAGUAGUUUAUUUGAACUUGAGACCCUUGUAAGCAUGACCCAACCUACAGUCCUAUUUUUACAUAUCCAAGCUCCAGUAACUCUCAAAUUCAGUAUUUUAUUCAAACUCUGUUGAGGCAUUUUACUAACCUCAUUCUCUUGGGGCCUGUAAGACUUUAGACUUUCCUAACAGAGUUUACUGUUGUUUAGAAAUUUGCAAGGGCUUCUUUUCCGCAAAUGCCACCAGCAGAUAAUAAUUUUGUCAAUAAUGCUAUCGUCUCCUUUUAGUGCCACCAGACUUAGACCAGAAUCACUCAUGGUAUAAAUUUUACUCUCUCAAGAUGACUACCAUCUCGCUCAUAAAACAAGAUAAGACUAGCAAAUGACGUAAAAGCUUUGUUGUUUCGUUUUUCAAGAAAAAGGCAAGCUUCCUUAAGCUUGAAUUUAUAGUUAUUAAAAAAGGAAACAAGAAAAACAAACAAACACGCAAGACACAAGAAAAAAAUACCUUGGGCAAUAAACAUUUAUUUUAAACCAGCUUUGUCUAAACCUCCUAAUGGCACCUUUUAAUUUGUAGGACACGGUCUAUGGGUAUGAAAUAGAAUAAGAACUAAAAUACAUCAGCAGAUUUUAAUACUAGUAGGUUGUAAUGCUGUCUUUUCUAUGGUGUAGAAUCUUUAUUUCUGAUAAGGAACGUCUCAGGCCUAGAAAUAUGAAAUUGCUUUUGGGAUUUGUGUGUGUGUUUGGGUAUUUUUGUGUUUAUUAGCUGCAUGUGAAUUUUUCAUGACUCUCUUUAAAUUAAAAAAAAAAAGUUUUUUUUCUAAGAAGAGGCUUUGGAAUGAGGUCCAGUUUGUGGUAUAAAUAUUGGCAUAUUGUUUCAGGAAGAUCACGCACACUCGGAAGCCUUUAAACUCCACAGGUAAUUGUUUCCGAGUUAUUCCAAGCACUUGUGCAGCUUUGAAAACAGACUUGGUUUGUGGGAACAUUUGACACAGUUCUGAAAAGAUGCCAUUUGUUUUUUUCUGACCUCUCCUUUUUAAUGUUUACUGUAUAAUCUUCCCACGGUGAUUCCUGUGAUCCUGCAGGCACUGGUCAUUCUCUCUUGUAGUCAUCUUUUCAGAUACAUUAAACUCCUCACGUUCCAGAACUCUCAACAACUUCCUUCAAUGACAUACUUUUUGUGUGUUUGUUUCUAAAAUGUGAAGCUUUAGGACCAAAUUGUUAGAAAGCAUCAGGAUUACCAAUUAUUUCAAGUAGAUUUAUUGGGUUUCAAAACACAUAGCAUGACUCUGAAGGAUACUAUUAUAUGUUUUAUAUAUAAAUAAUUACUGUUUAUGAUAUAGACAUUACUAUUGAAUAUUUAGAGACCAUUGUUAAUUUUAAAACUAGCAAAAUACUCAUUAAAUAAAGUACAUCAGGUUGACUUGAAUAAAAACACUUUGACAACCAGGUUUGCCAGUUUGCAGAAACUAACUCUUCUCUCUCACAUCAAGUUUUUAAAAAUUUGUGUUGUAGUGGAAAAUAACGUACCGAGUAACAAAAAAAUAAUUUCUGACUAUCUUUUUUUUCAGGAAUAUAGCUAGCUAUCUUUAAGAAAGAGAUGAUAUAUACAAAAUAGUUUUCUGAAUUAUUUUACUUUAUGUUUCUUUCUAGCAAUGUAUGCUAAAUAAUUUUGGACAUCUUUUUAUUAUACCUUGUUUCUGUGUUAUUCUUAAACCUGGUAACACUUGAUUUGUCUUCUGUAACCUAUUUAUUUCAAGUGUUCAUAUUUAAAUUUCUUUGGGAAGAACAAAAAUUUGAUGAUCCACUGAUUUUGAAAAGCCUGAAUAAAAUUGGAAAAGCUGGUAAAAUUAAGAGAACUAAAUAAUUACUCUGCUAUAAUAUAUAAUUUGGCAUUAUGGGAGGGAAAAGCAAAAUUAUUAUUAAAAUAAGACCAACUUUGUACAGGCACUGCAUCGCUCUCUUUUGAAAUUCAGUAACAGUUCUAUCAGUAUGAUUGAACUUGGUAUAUUAAUGAUAUUUUUUCAACAUUGAAAAUAAAUUUAGUUUUGCCCUUUUUCUUAAAAAUACCAGUGAAAUUUUGUCCUGUUUAUUACACGGUCACAGUAGAAUUUCUAUAAGGUGGAAUCAUGCAGUGUUUAUUGGUAGCACUAGCUUAUGGGACAGAUAUUUAUGCUCCUCCCCAGAUUUGUGUUGAACAGAAACAGAUUAUGUGAUUGGAAAGGAGAAUCCAACAAUUAAGAGUUGACAUUUUAAGAGUAAUGUUUAAAAAGCUUUACACCUGUUUACAACUUGGAGAUGAAAAGGCAGGCUUCGUUUUUCUACUGUGUGAUAAAAACUGGCUUAAAAUAUUUAUAAAUAGAGUCAAGAGUGAAACUGUACAAAUUUGCACAUUGAAAAGUGCAACAAGUUACUUUGAUUGCAGUACAAAUAUUUACUGUUCUAAAAAUUGAAGACUUAGCCAGGCAGAUGAAUUUUUAAGUGAACCAGUUGUUGAAAUUAUUGGAAUUAACUGAGCCAAAGUGAUUCUGCAUUCUUCAUCUAUUUAGUUAGCACUUUGUAUCAUUAUAUACCGUUUACAAUACAUGUAUAACUUGUAGCUAUAAUCAUUUGUGCCAUUAAAGCUCUCACAAAACCGUU